AAGAUUGAUUCAAUGUUGUAAUGACAAAAAUAACUACAGAAUUAUAUCGCCUAACUAAACUAUUAAGGUAUACAAUUCUUUAGUGAGUGAGAGUAAUAAAAAAAAUUAUGAAUAUUUAAGAAUUGUAUGUAUAUACAGCAUUCGUUUCUAUGGCAAUGAAAGAAUGAAACAAAAAUUUGACCACUUUACACACUUUAAAAUAAAAAUUACAACAUGCAAGUUUCUAGUGUCCAGCCAGUAUUUAAAUUAGAAUUAAACCACAAAGUAACACCUGGUAUAGUAACUAUCGCUAAAUAUGAUGGUACACAUUAUUGUCUUACUGCGUCUGCUGGAUAUGAUAAAAUAAUUAUUCAUCACCCUCACGGUGGUAUGAGUGUUGGACGAGCUCAACGUUCCCAGGCACAUGGAGAAGUGUCUGAACUCAACCUUAGCCAAGCUGUGAUAGCUUUAGAAGCUGGGCCUAUAAAACCAGACUGUGCGCGAGAUAUGCUUUUGAUUGGCUCGCCCACCCAAAUUUUAGCCUACGAUGUCCAUAACAAUUCAGACAUAUUUUAUAAAGAAGCUCCAGAUGGUAUAAAUGUAAUAAUUGCAGCCCAUUUUAGUAAAUACUCAGAUAUGUUGGUCAUGGUUGGCGGAAAUAGUUCUGUUUGUGGUAUAAAUUCGGAAGGCGAAGAGGUGUUUUGGAAUGUUGUUAGUGGAAAAGUUUUUUCCAUGAUAACAUUUGAUUUUGAUAAGGAUGGCAAAAAUGAGCUGCUUAUAGGUUGCGAAGAUUCUUAUAUAAAAGUACUAAAGGAUGAUCAUUUUAUCAUGGAGAUUGCGGAAACGGGGCCUGUUUCUUGUUUAUCCUAUAUAAAUGAAGUGAGAUUUGCUUACGGACUAGCAAAUGGAACUAUUGGUAUAUAUGAGGAUGGCAUCCGUCUUUGGAGAGUAAAGUCGAAACAAAACGCAAGAAAUCUUCAAUGGUCAGGAGACAACUUAGUCUGUUGUUGGGCGAAUGGCCGAAUAGACUGGAGAGAUUGCACAGGGAGAGUACUAAGAAGAGUACAGUUACGAUCUGAUGCAGCGGCAAUGAUUUUAGCGGAUUAUCGCACAGUUGGCAUCCCUGACCUUGUUUGUGUAUCAACUAGAGGCGAAGUGCUUGGAUUCCCGCCGAUCCAAGAUAAUGGUGGACCAAACACAAAAAAAAUUGCUCCAUCGGAAGAGGAUAGGCUUGCAGUAACUGAGUUGCUGAAUAAGAAGCAGGCGUUAAUGAUAGAACUGCAACACUAUGAGGGCAACGCUGCUAACACAUCCCUAGAUAUAGACCGACCUGACAGCGCUAUGCCCACUAAUACAAGGCUUCAAGUCGCAGUAGCCGCUGACACGGAAGAAGGACGCCUGCAGUUGGCUGUAUCGACAAACAAUGACACAAUUGUGCGUAUGGCACUAGUGUUAGCGGAAGGUAUUUUUGAUUCUGGAGAAACGCUCGCGCGUCAUCCUCAUCCGGCUCAACUGAGAUCCGUUCUUUACAUACCACUAAAGCCACCGAGAGAUGUUCCCGUUGAUGUUCAUAUUAAGGCACUGGUUGGUUAUCCAGAGAGUGAACGGUUUCACAUAUUUGAACUUACAAAGCAGUUGCCACGUUUUUCGAUGUAUACUUUAGUUUCGUCAUCUAUCGCAAAGUCAAAGGUUGUAAACUACGUGACUUUCCGCAUUACUGAGAGAGUUCAGAGAAUAUGCAUAUGGAUAAAUCAAAACUUUUUAUUAGACGAAGAAAUUGAAAUUAACAACGAGGAGACAAAAGAGCUGCAUAUUAGUUUUAUGUGUCUCAGAGAUACGUCUCGCUUGGAUUUGGAUUUUUGCCCAGAUGGUCAAGUGAAAAUUACAACUCACGACAUUAGACUUGCUGGGGAUUUGAUUCAGAGUUUGGCUGUUUUUUUGAACUUGUCUGAUUUACAGUCUAUAGCACAAUUUCCAGAAGCUGAAGAUAAGAUAAGGGUUGAAAUGAAUGUGGUGUCUGAAGUUGGCGAUACAAGAUACAGACUAGCAGCGGAAACAGCUGAAAAAGCUCAAUUACUCACAGCUUUGUUACCGGCUGCCCAGGACGCUGCGUCAUAUGAUUUGAAAGAAAUGUUACAAAGGUACAAAGAUGUCAUCUUAUUAAAUGAAGAGUUACUUGCGGGGUGCCACGUACGUAGGGCGACGCAGGAACAAACUCUGACGUCACUAAAGAAUUUGCACACUAUACUGCAACAAGCAGCUAGGUUGCGAGUUGGAAAAUACAGCAAAAUGGUUGUGAACGCAUGCAGAAAAGCCGUCAGCGACAACAACACUGAGGCUCUCGUUAAAAUACUACAAGCUGGGGAUACUUAAAUAUUUGUGGGAAAAAAAAAGAAAAAGAUUAUUGUUUUUUUUUUUAAUAAAUA